GGGAGCAAAGUCCCUGGAGGGGGAGGCAGUGUGUGUUUGAAGAGUUUGCAGGAAAGAAAGAGACAGAAACACUUUGGAAGGAUUUGUGGAUCUUUUGCACUGCAUUCACACAGACAGACCUAGAAAGAGGCCCACAAACACUUCUUGGAUAUUUUUUGGGGUGUGGAGAGAGAAGAAUGGAGUCAGAAUCUCAACCGAAAGUUCGUCCUCCUUCCAGGAGAAGAAAACAAGUUGGAGUAGAAGAAGUUCUCCAAAAGCUUAUCAGAAGGAGGAUAAAGAUGGCAGUGACUUUUGAAGAUGUGGCUGUGUAUUUCACGGAAGGCCAAUGGAAUCUGUUGGAUCCACAUCAGAGAAAAUUGUACAAGGAGGUCAUGAUGGAGAACUAUGCAAAUGUGUCUGCCCUGGGCAAGGAGCUUGGCUGUCCAUUUGGAGGCAUUCUACUCCCCAAACCUGAACUCAUCUCCUGGUUGGAACAAGGGAAAGAGCCAUGGGUGCAAGAUCUGCAGGAACUGAAUGAAAUUGAGAACGUCAACACUUACUCAGGUGAGAGAGGUGAAUAUAGGACAAAGCAUCCUCAUAUAGUCCAUGGAAGAAAUCCUGUUCAGAAACCCAAGAGUGUAAAAUACUCCGGAAAGAAAUUAUAUAAAUGCCCGGAAUGUCAGAUAUGUUUUGCUGAGGCAGCAGGUCUCCGGUCCCACCGGAGGGUUCACAGGAGAGAGAAACCUUGUCAAUGUGUGGAAUGUGGGAAGUGCUUUCCUUGGAAAUCUGAGCUCUGGAGGCAUGAGAGAGUUCACACGGGAGAGAAACCGUAUCAAUGCUCAGAGUGUGGAGACACUUUUGGUUGGAAGUCGCACCUUGUGAGGCACAAAAAGAGCCACCGGGGUCUCCAGGACGGAGACAAACCAUUUCAGUGCAGGGAGUGUGGGAACCGUUACACCCGGAACGAAAAUCUCAUGAUCCACGAAAGAACCCACACGGGCGAGAGACCCUACAAAUGUCUGGAAUGUGGGAAGUGUUUUUUCCGAUCCGCAAUUUUUGUCCGGCACCAGAAGCUUCACAUGGAAGAGAAACCGUACAGUUGUUUACAGUGUGGGAAGUGUUUUGUUCGUAAAUCCUGUCUAAUAAAGCAUGAGAAAGCCCACGAAGAAAAGGAAUACUAUCAGUGCUUGGAGUGUGGGAAGAAUUUUGUUCGUAAAUCCUGUCUUUUGAAACAUAUGAGAGUCCACACAGGAAAGAAGCCUUAUCAAUGCUUGGAGUGUGGGGAGUGUUUUGCUGUUUCUUCAGCCUUGGGAAGACACAAAAGAGUCCACAUUGGAGAAGAAGGGGGGUGCUAUGAGACAGUGACUAUCUAGUGCUGUACUCAUUUGUGAAUUAUGGUAAAUGUUUUUGAUGCAACACAGUGAGGAACUAUUUUCCCCUAGAAAGUUCUGCUUAUGUUGUGUAUCAAGAAUAAUCAGAAUCAAAAUGCAUAUGGGUUGUUGUAGACUUUUUGGGUUGUAUGGCCAUGUUCUAGAAGCAUUCUCUCCUGACAUUUCACCUGCAUCUAUGGCAGGCAUGUCAUAAGUACUUUUUAAAACAUUAAAUAGGUUUUUUUAUUCCGCUUUCAGCGAGACAGGUUGCAUUAGGCACUUUCAGAGAAAGAAGUAGACACAGACUCCAGGACUGGGUUUUAUAAUAAUUAUAUUGGUUGCAUAGACAAAGGGGAUUUAUUUUAUUUUAUU